CGCGAGUGUGGUUCAGUCUGUUCGUCGUUCGCGAGCCGUGUGAGUGCGUGGUUCAGAAUAAACAGUUUCCAAUAGCAUGUCGAGGGCGACGCUGUGUGGUGUGAACGUGGGAGUGGGAGUGGGGGUGGGGGUGGUGGCGAUUAUGAUGGUGCUCCUAGACCGGACGCUGGCGUCCCUAGACGGCUACAUCCCGGGCCAGGACUACCCCGCGUACGAGGAAGUGCCUCAAGGCCUGGGCUUCACCUGCGACGACAAGAUACCGGGCUACUACGCGGACCCCAGCACGCGGUGCCAGGUCUGGCACUGGUGCGUGCCCACGCUCGGUGGCAACACCAUCUACUCCUUCAUCUGCGCGCCUGGUACCGUCUUCGACCAGCGGACUAGAGUCUGCGACUACUUCUACAAGGUGGACUGCCCCAGCUCGGAAGCUUUCUACGGCAUCAACGAGGACCUGUACAAGGACGAGGCCGGCAACUACAUCGCCGGGAAAAAGAAGUAGUUAUUGUCUAUAUUGGUUCAGCAAAACGUAGAACGCCAGUAAAGUAUGCAGAAAAUGGCAAUAUUCUUAGUGCCUGGCUUAAUAAAAUAGCACUGCAGUUUAGUUGAAAAAUUUGAUCGCCUGUUGAUAUUGAAUAGCAACAAAGUUUUUCUGCAAUUGCUUCAUAUAUUUUUAUCAUCCAGGCGUCUUAAUCAUUAUUGCCAUUUCUUGAUACAUACCUUUAUAACGCAGCUGGUAGGAUGUAUGGUUGCCAUUAGUAAAUGUGUGAUAAAUAUUACUUGCAUGAAAAUAAUUUUUGGUUGAAAUGUAAGUUUAUAAUUAAUUUAAUAUGUUUUUGUAUAAAAAGCAAGAUCACAAUUAGUUUAUUAUAUUUAGACAGGCAUUUAGUUUAAUUGUUAUUUGGACUUACGAUAUUUCUUUUAUAGUCUUAAAAAAUCUGUCACAAUGACAUAUCUUUUUACUCAGUUUACAUAAAAUACAUACAGCCUUUAAACGAAAAUAAAUUUGUAAGAUAAUUUCCAGGAUUACGAAAUAAAAUGAAUUGUGCCUAAACAUUUGAAUUGGAAAUUUAUUAUAGCUUAGAUAUAGAUAAAGAUAAUAUUAGUACUUAGAAGUAACUUUACGCCAUGGAUGUAAGUCUAAUUAUGUCUAUGGAAUAGCCAUACUUGUGAUUUAUAAAGUUACCAAUUAAAUAUCGCACCUACAAUAAGUUUUUUACUUUGUAACAAAUAA